ACCAGCCAGGGCUAGUCUUACUGAUUUAGUUGCUAGGCUUUAUUAUGUUAUGCCAGUAGAACAAGCUCCUCAAGAGCAGAGUCCUUGCCUGUCAUCUUGUUCUCUCCCCUGUCUGUGCCUAGAAUAGUGCCUAGCUAAAACUAGGUGCUCAAUAAAUAUUGAAUGAAUAAGUGUAGAAAUUCCACCUCUUUUCUGGGUAUUCUGACCUACUCCAAAUACCCUUUGAUGCACAAACACGAUGGUCCCCCUCUUUUUUUCCUGAGCUGGGAGCUCCUAUACAUCCCAUUUGCCUAAUACACACACUUACUUCUACGCCCAGCUGCACCUCCACUUUCAGAAAGGAUGACAUCCUCCUCUAAUGCUUUUUCUGUCGGCAGAUUCAGUAGGGCAGGGCCUGCCCCUUUAAUCUGGGCCCCACCUGCUCUGGUCAGACUGGUUUGGAGACACAGGUAAAGCAAAAGAAAGGAAUACUUGCAGAGCCAGCAGGGAGCUGGGCAGCUCCUUCGCAGAAGCUGGGGACCCUCCACCUCUCUCCAGAUGGAAAGUCCCAGAAGGGGCUAAAUCCCAUGAGGUCAGCUGUCCUGGAGAGUUUCAGUUCUAUCAACCCAUCUGAAGGGCCAGAGGACAGGAGCUUCUGACAGUUUUCCUCUGCUAACCUCCACAGUGACAUGACCUCACCAUAGCCUCCAGAACUGAGGUCCCAGGAUGACAGAACCCGAGACCCUGGCCCUGCUGGAGGUGAAGGGGCCUGAGGCCCCAGAGAAGAGCCCACCCCAGGCCUUGGUCCCCAAUGGCCAGCAGCCAGAAGGGGAGAGCGGGGCCAAAUCCCCCGGUGCUGAAUCCUCUAGAGUGGGGUCUUCAGCUGGGUCUCCCACAGCUGGAGAAGAGGCUGAGGAUGGUCUAGACAGCACAGUAAGUGAGGCUGCCACCUUGCCCUGGGGGGCUGGCCCCCAGCUCAGCACCCCAUUCCCGGACCCCCCUGGCUGGAGGGACAUUGAGCCUGAGCCCCUGCAGUCAGAGCCACUCAGUAAGCUAGAGGAGUUGCCUGAAGAUGACGCCAACCUGCUGCCUGAAAAGGCGGUCCGGGCCUUUGUGCCCAUCGACCUGCAAUGCAUUGAGCGGCGGCCUCAGGAGGACCUCGUUGUGCGCUGUGAGGCAGGUGAGGGCGAGCGCCGCCAGACCUUCUUGCCCAUCCGAACCACCCACCCGGAGCCCUCUGAGUGCAAGUGGGCCGAGGCUGUGGUAAGGCCACCAGGCCACGCCUGUAGCAGCUGCGGGAGCUGUGGGGGUCAUGAGGGGUUGAGGGCCGUGGCCUCAGUGGGAGCCGCCCUCAUCCUCUUCCCCUGCCUGCUAUACGGAGCAUACACCUUCCUGCCCUUCGAUGCCCCUCGGCUGCCCACCAUGAGUUCCCGCCUCAUCUACACGCUGCGCUGCGGGGUCUUCGCCACCUUCCCCAUCGUGUUGGGGAUCCUGGUGUAUGGGCUGAGCCUGUUGUGUUUUUCUGCACUGCGACCGUUUGGGGAGCCACGGCGGGAGGUGGAGAUCCACCGGCAGUAUGUGACCCAGUCAGUCCAGCUCUUCAUCCUCUACUUCUUCAACCUGGCUGUGCUUUCCACCUACCUGCCCCAAGAUACCCUCAAACUGCUCCCUCUGCUCACUGGCCUCUUUGCGGUCUCCCGGCUGAUAUACUGGCUGACCUUCGCCGUGGGCCGCUCCUUCCGAGGCUUUGGCUAUGGCCUGACGUUCCUGCCCCUGCUGUCCAUGCUAGUGUGGAACCUCUACUAUAUGUUUGUGGUGGAGCCUGAGCGCAUGUUCACUGCCACCGAGAGCCGCCUGGACUACCCUGACUACGCCCGCUCGGACUACAGGCCCCGCCCCUGGGGCUGAGCAGCUAUCCCGUCCCCAGCCUGGGUACCUGCAUGGGAUGAACCCCACUGACCUGACAGGGUCCCAUCCAAUCAGAGUUUGGACUGCCCCCACCUUUCUUCCCCAGUCAGGGCUGCCCUUCACCUUCUGGGCCUGGGAUGGUCAUGAGUGGGGGAGGUGGACUGACAUUGUCUCGCAGGGAAGGAGGUGGACAGCCGUGUUCCUUAAGGAUGCUGAAGGUGUGGGGCUAGGACCAGGAGGAGAAGCACGGUUCCUUCCUGAGCAGCCUCCCACCAUAGCCACUAGGGCCCACCCCUGCUGGACUCGGCUUCACUCUCCAGCCUCCUACGAGGUAGUGGGCAGAGCUGCAGCCAAAACUCUGACCGUUUCUGUGCCAGUUGUCUAAGCAGAGGGCCUCACAGAGACUGGAAAUAUUGCUCAUGCCUAAA